AUGUAGAAUGCUAUUAUUAACAGUCUAAUAAUCGCGAAAAAGUUUAUCAUUAAAUAAGAAUAGGGAUAUGUUCCUCGACCUGCAAUUUUAGAAUUGUAAUAUUAAAUGGUGAGAAAAGAUUUUUCUCAAACUGUAGUUUUAGAAUUACAAUAUUAAUAAUAUUAGAUUAAUGAGAGUUUGUUCUUAUUGUCAAAGAAAUGCAAUAUUAUCAAUAUAGGAAUAGAGAGAAAAUUUUUUUAACACCAUAUUAAUCAAUCAGGCAUUCUAAUCAGAUAAUAGCUACAAAGAUCUGCUAGUCCAGUUUAAAAUACAACUUCAGAAUAGUUCCUUAUUGCCAAAUGGUAUUUGUUAUUAAUUUUUAUUUUGUUAAUCUUCAGGAACACUUAUCUUAUAAGGGCAAUUCAUAAAUCAUUAAGGGAUUGAUUUAAAACCUUUAUUAAAAUCAAAAGGAAGUUGCUUUUUAGAAGACUUAAAGCAGAAGUGAAAUUGAAAUAUUCAUUAAGAACAUUACAAUUAAAAUUUUA